AUGAAUGGCAGAUCAGACGCUUCCACAUCAACGGACGAUUUCCUGAAUGGUCGACCGCUGUGCCUGUUUUACUUUACGCAUCCAUUCGGUGUACUAUCUCCGGAACCGCCCGUCUGUAGCGUUAUGACGCCACCAGCGCACCUCGCUCGAGCCUACUUCAAUAUGUCCGGAGCCCCUGUUCCUGCCCAUUGGAGUCCGUCUUCUCACGACUACUGCACCGAAUCUUCUUCCCGUACCACUCCAAUACUCCCCAUGUACCCUGAUCCCCUCGACCAAUUCCUGCGUAGGGACUCGGUUUCAUCGCUGUUCUCGAGUGACGUGUGGUUAAACGCACCCAAUCCUGCGACGAUAUCUCGCAGUCACAAGCUGCCGCCUCUCCAAUUGACAGCACCGCGAGUCAAUAGCCCUCCCUGUGCUCCCAUUCUCCCACCAGCUCCGCAUAGAUUUUCCUUACCACCAUUAGAACUGCCACUCAAUCUUGAGUGCGAAGAGAUUAGGGCGAGGUAUGCGCGCAGCAUUGCAAGAAAGCGACCACGACUCAGCAGCGUGCAGAGGAUGAUGACAGGAUUGAUGCGGAGGAAAGUUAAAGGUACUCAAAUUGAAUUUUUUUUAUCAAAUACAAUAUUAAAAUGCCCAUAUAGUACAAACUAG